ACAAUGAAGGGAACGCGUCUCAGGGUCCAGAUACGCGACGCGUAUUCCCUGCCGGCUAAAACUACAGCGCCGACAACAUUGUCUCUCACACGAUUGAGGCAAAGGUGUGACUUCUUUCAAACAGAGUCUGGCCAAACGAUUGGGUCCCAUCGAUUGUCAGGACGCAGCGGUGUACUACCCCUCCAGCCUAUGUGACGUUAUAUCAGCUUGGCAUCUGCCCCGCCAACACAAGCAGGAUCGAUGAUGAAGAGCUGAAACGCCGGCGCUAACAGCUUUAUCAACACGCACCUAAACGUCCCCUCUUCUCUUUCUACAACAUACACUUGGGGGAUACACUCAUCCCUCUUCAACUAGUCAAUCAAAUCCAGCGAGCACCAUGGCGCCCAAACUCCAGGUCAGCGACAUUUGGCUGCCCUGCCUCAUUCUACUUGUCUUCUGGGCCCGCCCCACGGCAGCGUUUGGUGCAGGUAACAUUGCCAGCUUGAGCGCCAUCGAGGGCCAGAACUGGCGCCAUGGAGACAUUGAAGACACGCUGCUGACGCUGCUCAUCUCGAGCCGCACGGGGAAGAAGUUCAGCAAGAUGGACGUCAAGCGUGUUUACUUUGGUAACUGGCUCAGAGACUACUCCCAGGCUGUCGACGUGGGCACUGUCAAGGCGGUGUCGGCAGAGGCCAUUCGUCUUCUGCUAUGGGUCCUGGGCUUCCUCAGCUUCGGAUACGGAACGAAAGAGUUCGAAGUCACGAGAGACAGGCUGGGCUGCUACAGGCCAGAGGAGCACAUCGACAACCCCAAGGAUUAUGCCGACAACCUCGAUGCCCGCGACUACGACCGCCGCCUUCGAGGCCCCGUCGACGAGGAACGCGAACUGAGCAUCAACGAGCGGACGGGUCUCAAGAACUACAUUGCAUCGGAGGAUACGGGCAUAAUGACGUCUGCUGGCAUGGUCCGAGAUCUGCUUCGCCGUUGCAUUGACCUCGGUCAGCGCUCUGGAGGACGUGGUCCAGACUUCUACGAGGCUCUUCGUCUUCUAGGCACUGCAACCCACUGCAUGGAAGACUACUCUGCACACUCGAACUACACUGAGCUUGCCUUGAUCGAACUUGGCGCCACUGACGUAUUCCCACACGUCGGACGCGACACCAGGCUUCACGUUGAGGAGGCUGGCAAGGAGGUAUACCCAAUUGUCACCGGCACCUUCGGCGGUGUUGAUUUCCUGCACUCUGUAUGUGGUGAAAUUACCGACAAAACCACCCAGUCUGAACUCCAGGAGCUCGAAGGAGCUAUCACGGAUGCCGACCGAAAGCAGAACAAGAGUCAGAUCAAGGAACUCUUGGCCAAGCUUCCCGACGGUAUCUUUGGCGGCAAAGACGAAGCCGGUAAGGCAGAUGAGCUCGAGUCGAAUGCCAGUGCUGCUGCCAUGAACAACCUUCACGUUACGCCCUUAGAGCCUGAGGCUUUCACUCAGCAGGCUGGUGAGCUUGUCAAGCAGAUCUAUCCCAUUAUGGAGUUCCACGAUGAGAUCAUGCAGGCGAUUACUGAGUUCAUCGAGAAGAUCCCUGUCAUUCCAGAUCUUAUCGAGGAAGUCCAGAGCCAAAUCACCAUCUUCGUCUUCAGCCUGCUGGCUCCGUACGUCUUGCCUAUCCUGAAUCAGGUCAAGGCCGAACUUGAGACUGGCUCAAGCGAGGUUAUUGCAAGUUCGCGUGAGAAGCAGUACAUCGUUUUCAACGAUGAUCGCAGCAGUGACCCAACCCACAGCAUGUUGUCCAAGGAUCACUUCUCAAAUAUCCUCAACGAGCCUGCCGGUCAGGUUGCUUCGGCCGUCUUGAAGUGGGCUGUGCCCCAAGUUGUUAAGUGUUGGGACGGCGAGGCAGACUCAGAGAGGACUAUCGAUCUCAUCAUUAACGCCGUGUUCCACCACCCUGCGUGUGUCCGAACUCAGGAUCGUGAGGUAUCACAAGGCCGUCAGAUCAUGUUCGACACCGUCCGACAGUGGUGGGAGUCGCAUGAUCGACAACAGCAACGUAGCCUCACACAGAAACUCAGUCGCGAAGGCGUGCAGAACGGCGAGAACCACAGAGGAGAUGUGAGUGACAAGGGCCAUGGCUGCUGCAAGCCGCUGGGCAUGGCGAACGAUUUCUCCGGCGUUUCCGGAGGCAAGAGUAACCAACAAGCUCAGCAAGUCGGCAACCAAGCUGGAAAAUUUGCUAGUGAAGCUGUCGGAGGUGGCGCUCUUGGAGGCCUUGUUGGAGGCUUGGUUGGUGGAGUUGGCGCCUCUUUGCUCAGCGACGCAUUCAAUGACAACGAGACGAACACCCAGAAAAACGAGUACCAGGGGAACGACGGCUCUUACACUCAGUCGUACACCGAGUCUGGUCAUCACCGGGGAUCUUCCCGGGGCGAUUCUGACCGCUAUGGUGAAGCUCAGUACAAACAAACCCAGUUGCCCAGUGGUGGUCGCCGUGAAGAGUACUCCCGUCACGAACAAGACGACCGAGGCGAAUCAUAUAGCUACCAGCAACGCGUCGAGACUUCGGGUUAUCCUGGAUCAGGUGGAUAUGAACGUCGUGAGGAGCGCCAUGUUCAAAGUGGAGGUGAAUGGAAGACUUCAGAGCGCCGUGAAGGGUUCGACCAAUCCGGACAAUUCUAUGCCGAAGAAGACGAGAGACGUGGUAAGUCGAAAUCCAAAUCCAAGAAGCACUCGGAAGACGACGAUAGUGAAGAUGAUGAUGAGAAACGCGCCAAGAAAGAACGUAAGAGGCGUGAGAAGGAGGAAAAGGAGGAGAAGAAGAAACACAAGAAGAAACACGGCAGCGGGGAUGAUGAUUCUGAUGACGAUGCUGACAAGCGUCAUUCAGGUUCGGGUGAACACAGGCGCCGUUCGCAAGAUCGCGACCAAGAGCACAGGAGGAAGAAGAGCAAGAGCCCCGAACGCCGCUCGGGCGGCUAUUCGCAAGGGAGCGGCGGUUACGGUGAAGAGAAACGAUACGGCGAAGAGGGUCGUGGAGGGUCUGGAUACGGCCGAGAAGAAAGCUCUGGAUACGGUCGCCAGGAAUAUGGAGGCCGCCAAGAGACUUCCGGCUACGGUCGUGAAGAGCAAUCGGGAUACGGCGGUGGCCGUGAAGAGCGCUCAGGAUAUGGUGGUGGCCGUGAGGAACGUUCAGGAUAUGGUGGUGGUCGUGAGGAGCGCUCAGGAUAUGGCGGUGGCCGUGACGAGGACGAGUAUGGUCAAGAGUCUCACGGACGUGGACAUGGGCGUCGCCGUGACGAAGAUGAAGACGAAAGUUCCCGAGGGAUGCCUGGCGGAUUUGGUGGUGAUGAUGGUGGUUAUGGCAGGAGGUAUUAGUAUCUUGGAGUACCCUGAUAACCCAUGCCUGAAUGCGCAAUGGAGGCUCGUAGCCUGACCUGAUGACUGAUGAACUUGGAUCUUGGGUUUGAAUAGUCUACCUAUGAAAAGUUACAUUUUUUGUGGCAAUGAUUGGUGUUCAAAGAGAAUAUGCUCUGAAUGACAUUAAACGAUGAUG